AUGCAACACAGAUAUCGUAAAUCUGGGCAGAAUUUAAAUAAAUCUCGUAACUCAGAGGCUGAUUCUCCUGAGCAACCACCCUUUGCAGAUGCCCUGCCAACUCCUACAAAACGGCCUAAGGGUAGACCGAGGAAAUCAUUGUCUUCCGAACAAUCCCCAAUCAGAAGUGCAUCUAGCUCUUGCAAGCGGAAAAUCGAUGAUGAUUUGGAUGCUUGCUCGCCUAUUCCAAGGUUUCGACCUCGAAGGAAUGCUUCGGUUAACUAUAAUGAACGUUUGGAUGAAAGCGUUCACGGCAUUCCAAAACCUCGAUCAUCCAGAGGCCGAGGUCAUGAUGAGGGAGAUGAAACUCAGGAGGAGGAUGCCGUGAUGGCCACCAUCCACAACUUGAUCAUAAUCUAG